GCUCCAGCUGGCACCAUGGACAGCGAGGCGUUUCAGAAUGCGCGGGACCUUUUGGACCUGAACUUCCAGUCGCUGGCCAUGAAGCACAUGGAGCACAUGAAGCAGAUGGAGCUGGACACGGCGGCAGCCAAGGUGGACGAACUGACCAAGCAGCUGGAGUCGCUGUGGUCAGACUCGCCGGCACCUCCUGGCCCACAGGCCGGAGCCCCUUCUAGGCUGUCCCGGUACAGCUCCAGCCCGGUCCCGGAACCCAUGGGCAGCCGAGGGUCCCCCCGGAAGGCGGCCACCGACGGCACAGACACCUCAUUCCCGCGCUCGGAGAGCGCCCCGGCCCUGCAUCCCUACAGCCCGUUGUCCCCCAAGGGCCGGCCGUCGUCUCCCCGCACUGCGCUCUACCUGCAGCCCGACGCCUACAGCAGCCUGGACCGCGCGCCUUCGCCCCGGCCCCGCGCCUUCGACGGUGCAAGCGGCUCCCUCGGCCGCGCGCCCUCCCCGCGGCCAGGCCCGCUCCGCCAGCAGGGUCCCCCCACGCCCUUCGACUUCCUGGGGCGCGCCGGCUCCCCGCGUGGCAGCCCUCUGGCCGAGGGGCCCCAGGCCUUCUUCCCCGAGCGCGGGCCGUCGCCGCGCCCCCCUGCCGCUGCCUACGAGGCGCAGUCCGCCUUUGGGAGCCCCCUGCUGGGCGCGGGCGGAAGCGCCUUCGCCCCGCCUCUGCGCGCACAAGACGACCUGACGCUGCGCCGGCGGCCCCCCAAAGCCUGGAAUGAGUCUGACCUAGACGUGGCGUACGAGAAGAAGUCUUCGCAGAGCUAUGAACGCCUGGACGUCUUCGCGCGGCCUUCCUCGCCGGGCCUGCAGCUGUUGCCCUGGAGGGAGAGCAGCCUGGACGGGCUGGGAGCCGCUGGCAAGGACAACCUCACCAGCGCCACCCUGCCGCGCAAUUACAAGGUCUCCCCUCUGGCCAACGACAGGCGUUCAGAUGUGGGCAGCUACCGCCGUUCGCUGGGCUCCGCGGGGCCGUCGGGCACCUUGCCCCGCAGCUGGCAGCCCGUCAGCCGUAUCCCCAUGCCUCCUUCCAGCCCGCAGCCCCGCAGCGCCCCGCGCCAGCGCCCCAUCCCCCUCAGCAUGAUAUUCAAGCUGCAGAACGCCUUCUGGGAGCACGGGGCCAGCAGGGCCAUGUUCCCUGGGUCCCCCAUCUUCACCCGAGCACCCCCGUCUAAGCUGCCUCCCCAGCCUCCAGCCCAAGGACAGCGUAGUCCAGAGAGGGCAAGAAACUCCCCUGAGGUCGCACAGCAAAUCAGGCGCUACUUGUAGGUCCCGGAAGUUAUGGGGAGGGAGGGUUUUGGGGGUCUCUUGGGAACUCACCUUAUGAGGGGUCUCUUGUUCCUGUUAGGCACCCCCAAACCCCCUGCCGAGCUGGAGCCUGAACCAGAGAUAGAGGGGCUGCUGGCACCAGUGCUGGAGGCCGGCGACACAGAUGAAGGCACUGUCACUCGGCCCCUCAGCCCCACAAGGCUGCAGCCAGCACUGCCACCUGAGGCGCAGUCGGUGCCCGAGCUGGAGGAGGUGGCACGGGUCCUGGCAGAGAUUCCUCGGCCCCUCAAACGCAGGGGCUCCAUGGAGCAGAGCCCCGCCGUGGCCCUGCCCCCCACCCACAAGAAACAGUACCAGCAGAUCAUCAGCCGCCUCUUCCAUCGUCACGGCGGGCCAGGGCCCGGGGGCCCUGAACCAGAGCUGUGCCCCAUCACUGAGGGGUCUGAGGCCAGGGCAGGGCCCCCUGCUCCUGCCCCCCCAGCUCCCAUCCCAACCCCGGCUCCGCCCCAGAGCAGCCCACCAGAGCAGCUGCAGAGCAUGGAGAUGCGCUCGGUGCUGCGGAAGGCGGGCUCGCCGCGCAAGGCCCGCCGCGCGCGCCUCAACCCGCUUGUGUUGCUGCUGGACGCCGCCCUGACCGGGGAGCUGGAGGUGGUGCAGCAGGCGGUGAAGGAGAUGAACGACCCGAGCCAGCCCAACGAGGAGGGCAUCACCGCCCUGCACAACGCCAUCUGCGGCGCCAACUACCCCAUCGUGGACUUCCUCAUCGCCGCGGGCGCCAAUGUCAACUCCCCCGACAGCCACGGCUGGACCCCGCUGCACUGCGCAGCGUCGUGCAACGACACGGCCAUCUGCAUGGCGCUGGUGCAGCACGGCGCCGCCAUCUUCGCCACCACGCUCAGUGACGGCGCCACCGCCAUCGAGAAGUGCGACCCCUACCGCGAGGGUUACGCCGACUGCGCCACCUACCUGGCAGACGUGGAGCAGAGUAUGGGGCUGAUGCACAGCGGGGCGGUGUACGCCCUCUGGGACUACAGCGCGGAGUUCGGGGACGAGCUGUCUUUCCGCGAGGGCGACUCGGUCACCGUGCUGCGCAGGGACGGGCCGGAGGAGACCGACUGGUGGUGGGCUGCGCUGCACGGCCAGGAGGGCUACGUGCCGCGGAACUACUUCGGGCUCUUCCCCAGGGUGAAGCCACAGAGGAAUAAAGUCUAGCGGGACAGAAGGACGUUUGGGAGGGAGACUGGAGCAGGCAGCCCUGCCUUGGCUCCGGACCUCCCCCUCCAUUUACUGCUGCCUUUACCUGCACCCCCAGCCCUGCAGGGGUGCGGCCUUUACCACCACUCCUCUGCUCUCCCCAAAGCCCAGGGGAGAAGGAGAACCCCAGCCUUAAGUUUAGGAACCUGCCUUAGCCCUUGGAGGUCCUGGUGGGGCUGGGAAUCAGUGGGGCACGAGACCUCCCUUUCUGCCACAUCAGAUACCGUCCAAAGUGCCUCCCCCUCCUACUGCCACUCCCCCCGCCCCAGCAACACAACCCACUGGUGAUCCCCACUUGAUUUCCCUGGGAGUCACCUCUGACCCCACUCCUCCCAGCGGCCUUGGGGUACAAAAGGCACGUUGGUCUCUGCCAGCAUCCCUGCCCCACCUCUCCUCAAUGAAGUGCCUUCACACAGCGCUGGUUUUAUGUU